UCUCGUAAACAGGCUCCACUGAGAAACUUCGCCGACAUCACGCAAACAGCAAACUGCAGUGCAUCAUCAUUUUGCUUCAAACUCCUACCAAACCAAGUCUUAUGUUAUUCUACAAACGACUAACAAAACAAAUCCAAAUUCCAGGAAAUCUUGAGACAGACAUCCCUAUUGCACCACCACAGGACGGCGUCGUCCCACCAGAUUGUCAACCGCACCCUUCACCAUCCGCCUCAACGCCAAGCUCAACUUGGAGCCUGCUUGGGAGCCAGAUCACUACAACAUCGACAGCCGCAAGGUCUGCGGAUGGGGCCCGGAACGUCGUUCACCAAUGCGGUGAGGGAGCAGCUAGGGAACGAAUGCGUAUUACAAAGGGGAGAGCGAUACGUCGUCCCAUCACGACGUAUGAGAGUAUGGUGAGGAGAAGUAAAGAGAGUUUGAAGAGUAAAGGGAAAAUCAAGGCUCUGCUUCGAUACGUCGUCCCAUUACGAAGCUCAAGCGUACAAGGGAAAUAUCGAGAGGUUGAUUCUUAGAGUGCGUGAGGAUCUUGGC